GUCUACGUCGGCGCGCGUCCCGCGGCUCCCAAGUCCCCAAGUCGUGUCCGCAUACCCUCAGAGAAGCUUCUCCCAGACCACUGCCCGCGCCCACCUGUCGCUGGGGACUUCUGCUGUCCCGCUUCUCCUUGGACCAGGUCUUUCCGCGGGUGCCCUUGGGACUUUCUGGUGCUGCGGUCCCUGGAGAUACCCGGGGUGCAGGGGACCCUGCUUGAGACAGGAAGCCCCACCCUCCAGAGCAGAAUGGGGCCGCCGGAAGGGGUCGAUUGGACAGUCAUCAUCCUGACCUGCCAGUAUAAGGACAGUGUCCAGGUCUUUCAGAGAGAGCUCGAGGUGCGGCAGAAGCGGGAGCAGAUUCCUGUUGGGACGCUCUUACUGGCUGUUGAGGACCCCGAGGUACGCGUGGGCAGCGGAGGAGCUACCCUCAAUGCGCUGCUGGUGGCUGCUGAGCACCUGAGUGCCCGCGCAGGUUUCACUUGUGCAUUAAUAGAAGCAAGAUGUGAAAGAGAAAAUACAAGGAAGGAAGCUGGUGUGAGCUCUCACUGUGAGGCCUUGUCUUUUCCCAUGAAGUCUAAAGUCGCGCUCCCCUGGACUCUGCCACCCGGCCUCUGUGCACUGGGACUGAGAUGUGACUUCCCCGGGCAGGACAUGUGGUCACAUCUGACGUCCUGCACUCGGCCUGGAUCCUCAUCCUGCACAUGGGCCGAGACUUUCCCUUCAAUGACUGUGGCCGGGCCUUUACCUGCCUCCCUGUGGAGAACCCCCAGGCCUCUGUGGAGGCCUUGGUCUGCAACCUGGACUGCUUACUGGACGUGAUGACCCACCGGCUGGGCCCAGGCUCCCCACCAGGCGUGUGGGUCUGCAGCACCGACAUGCUGCUGUCUGUUCCUGCAAACCCUGGAAUCUGCUGGGAUGGCUUUCGGGGAGCCAGAGUGAUCGCCCUUCCUGGGAGCCCGGCCUAUGCUCUGAAUCAUGGGGUCUACCUCACAGACGCCCAGGGCAUUGUUUUGGACAUUUACUACCAGGGCACUGAGGCAGAGAUACAGCGAUGUGUCAGAGCUGAUGGGCAGGUGCCACUGGUUUCUGGCAUUGUUUUCUUCUCUGUGGAGACUGCUGAGCACCUCCUGGCCACCCACGUGAGCCCACCCCUGGACGCCUGUACCUAUAUGGGCUUGGACUCCGGAGUCAGGCCUGUCCAGUUGUCUCUGUUUUUCGACAUCCUGCUCUGCAUGGCUUGGAACAUGAGCAGAGACAACUUCCUGGCUGGGCGGCCCCCAGAGAUGGGGCAAGGUGACAUGGAUGCAGCAGAUUAUCUGCAGGGUGCCCGGGCCCAGCUGUGGAGAGAGCUUCGAGAUCAGCCCCUCACCAUGGCCUAUAUUCCUGACGGCAGCUACAGCUACAUGACCUCCUCAGCCAGUGAGUUCCUGCACAACUUCACACCGCCUGGGGAACCCAGGGUGCAGAUCGUCCACUCCCAGGUGGAGGAGCCACAGCUUCUGGAGACUGGGAGCUCUGUGGUCAGCUGCCUGCUGGAGGGCCCUGUCCACCUCGGGGCAGGGAGUGUCCUGCAGCAUUGCCACCUGCGGGGCCCUAUUCACAUUGGCACCGGCUGCUUCGUGAGUGACCUGGACACAGCUCAGUCCGAGGCUCUUCGGGGCCUGGAGCUACACGACCUUGUCCUACAGGGACACUGCGUGCGGCUUCCUGGCUCCCUGGGUCGUGCCUUCACCCUUGUUGGCCGUCUGGACAGCUGGGAAAGACAAGGGGCAGGCACAUAUCUCAACAUGUCCUGGAGUGAAUUCUUCAAGAAGACGGGUAUCCGAGACUGGGACCUGUGGGACCCAGACACGUCCCCCACUGAGCAUCACCUCCUCAAUGCCCGCCUCUUUCCUGUGCUGCACCCCUCGAGGGCCCCAGGGCCCCAGGACAUGCUGUGGAUGCUGGACCCCCAGGAGGAUGGAGGCAAGGCUCUGCGGGCCUGGCGAGCCUCUUGGCGCCUGUCCUGGGAGCAGCUGCAGCCACACCUGGACCGGGCUGCCACAUUGGCCUCCCGCAGGGACCUAUUCUUCUGCCAGGCCCUGCAGAAGGCGAGGCAUGCACUGGAGACCCGGCAGGACCUCAGCCUGCGCCCUUUAAUCCGGGCUGCUGUGCAUGAGGGCUGUCCUGGGCCCCUGCUGGCUAUGCUAGACCAGGUUGCAGCAGGGGCCAGAGACCCUGGCGUGGCAGCUCGGGCUCUGGCCUGCGUGGCAGAUGUCCUGGGCUGCAUGGCAGAGGGCCAGGGAGGCUUACGGAGUGGGCCGGCUGCCAACCCAGAGUGGAUGCGGCCCUUUUCAUUCCUGGAGUGUGGCGACCUGGCAAGGGGCGUGGAGGCACUUGCCCAGGAAAGGGACAAGUGGCUGAGCAGGCCAGCCCUGCUGGUGCGAGCAGCUCGCCAUUAUGAAGGGGCUGGGCAGAUCCUGAUCCGCCAGGCUGUCAUGACGGCCCGGGACUUUAUCUCCAUGGAGCCAGUACAGCUGCCGGCACCUGGGCAGUGGGUGGUGGCUAAGUGUCCAGCCCGUGUGGAUUUCUCUGGGGGCUGGAGUGACACACCACCUCUUGCCUAUGAGCAUGGUGGGGCAGUGCUGGGCCUGGCUGUGCGAGUAGACGGCCGCCGGCCCAUCGGGGCCAGGGCACGCCGCAUCCUGGAGCCUGAGCUGUGGCUGGCUGUGGGGUCUCGGCAGGAUGAGAAGGCUGUGAAGAUAGUGUGCCAGAGUCUGCACGACCUGCACGAUUACUGCCAGCCCCAUGCACCAGGGGCCCUGCUGAAGGCGGCCUUCAUCUGUGCGGGGAUUGUGCACAUUCACUCCGAGCUCCCACUGCACCAACAGCUGCUGCAGACCUUCGGGGGUGGCUUCGAGCUACACACCUGGUCUGAGCUGCCCCAUGGCUCCGGUCUCGGCACCAGCAGCAUCCUGGCUGGUGCUGCUCUGGCUGCCUUGCAACGGGCUGCAGGCCGGGCUGUGGGCACAGAGGCCUUGAUCCAUGCAGUGCUGCACCUGGAACAGGUGCUUACCACAGGAGGUGGCUGGCAGGACCAGGUGGGUGGCCUGAUGCCUGGCAUCAAGGUGGGGCGCUCCCGGCCCCAGCUGCCACUGAAGGUGGAGGUGGAAGAGAUCACUGUCCCUGAAGGCUUUGUCCAGAAGCUCAAUGAGCACCUGCUCCUGGUGUACACCGGCAAAACCCGCCUGGCUCGGAAUUUGCUGCAGGAUGUGCUGAGGAGCUGGUACGCCCGGCUGCCGGCUGUGGUGCACAAUGCCCACAGCCUGGUACAGCAGACUGAGAAGUGCGCGGAAGCCUUCCGCCAAGGAAGCCUGCCUCUCCUGGGCCUCUACCUGACAUCAUACUGGGAGCAGAAGAAGCUCAUGGCCCCAGGCUGUGAGCCCCUGGCUGUGCGGCAGAUGAUGGAUGUCCUGGCCCCCUACGUGCAUGGCCAAAGCCUGGCAGGGGCAGGUGGCGGGGGCUUUCUCUAUCUGCUGACUAAGGAACCACGGCAAAAGGAAGUUCUGGAGGCUGUGCUGGCCAAGACCAAGGGCCUUGGCAACUACAGUGUCCACCUGGUGGAAGUGGACAUGCAGGGCCUGAGCCUGCAGCUGCUGGGGAGUGAGGUCUCUACCUGAUGUCCAGUGCCAUGGGGCUGGCCCCUCCGGAAUAGGCAAGACCAGAGCUCCAGCUACCGUGCCAUUCCUUCUCUCAUGGGAGUUCACAUUCCUGAUUCCCCACUUGCCUCUUUGAAUUUGCCCUACAGGAAGCAAGACUUAGGCCAGGGAGGCAGUGUUGGAGGACGGGACUUGGUGACAAGGGCUGAGGCUUGGCUUUUGUUACAUCUGGACUAAGGGCCAAAAGCUCAGUGUCCCGUGUGGCCUUUACAAAUCACAUGGCCCAGUGGAGCCUUCUUCAGUCCACUAGGAUCCUGUGAGAAGGGGAGGACAACCAGUCAUAGCAGAUGGCUGGGGUCCCUUGGUAAGGCUGAGCCUAGAGGUCCUUGGAAGCUUUUCCUGUGGCUUGAGUUAAGGUUGCAGACUCCAUGCUCAAGACUCUGCAGCCCUCCUGGAGAAGUGGCUUGAGAGUGGGGCUCUGUUCCCAGGGCUGUGGCACUGAGCAGUGGUGGGUCUGCAGCAGGUCUGUGCUAGCCCAGGCCUUAGCCAGUAACCACACACAGAGUGCCAAGUAAGCGAUGCCUGUGGGCAAGGGGUUCUCAGAACUUGACAUUCUUGGAAUAAACUCAUUCUGCGUUGCAAGGUUA